AUGGCAACUAGGCAUGAGAAAUCCAAGACUUGGAAUGAUGAUGAUGUCUGUCCUAAAAUAGCUAAGAAGGUGAAGGACAUCAGCAAGGCAACCACAUCUUGCAAGGCAUACCCAUCUAGUCCAGGAGAGUAUGAGAUACAUGAGGGUAAAUCUCAGUUCCCAUUGAGCUUGAACAACAAGAUAUGCUCUUGUGGUGCUUGGCAGCUAUCUGGGAUACCUUGCAGACAUGCCAUCAGGGCAAUGUUCCAUGCAAAGGUUGAUCCAUACAAUUACACCAUCUCUUGGUAUUCAGUGAAAACAUACAAGCAACUGUACAACCAUUGCAUAAAUCCAGUGCCUGAUAUGAGUCAGUGGCCAAGCAUGGAUGCAUUCCCUCACAUUGACCCUCCAAAGAUGAAAAGAGGGAUUGGUAGGCCCAGGAGGAAUAGAAGAAGGGAAGAAGGGGAGGAGCAACCUGGGAAAAGAUCAAGGACAGUCAAGUGUGGCAACUGUGGCUCCUUUGGUCAUAAUUCUAGGACAUGUAAGGGAGGUCCCACCAACAAAGAGGCUGCACAACAGAUAGCAACACUGCUGGAUGCUUCACAACUGCAGAGUCAGCCCCCUCUCAGUCAGUCACAACCCCAACCUUAG